AUGUUCUACGCUGGACAACUCUAUACCACCAUCGGCUAUGGAUUUCCUGCCACAAGUACAGCUGCAGGACGGGUCGCCUCUAUUUUCUAUAUCUUGUUCGGUAUCCCAAUAUUUCUUAUUAUCUUGAAGGAUAUAGGUCGCUUGAUGUCAAGAGGUUGUCGCAAGCUUUACAAACGGUUACGGGCGUCACGACGCAAAAUUGCAGACUCCAGAUCAGUGCAAAGUGUCUCGCAGUUCAUUUCGAGGAUCUACAAAUCAAAAGAUGGGACCUAUGAGAAUGGUGGUGCUCGGAAACGUGAUCUCGAACUCGGUCCUGACCAGCAGAAUAAGAUGAAUGCUCGUCUACAUGCAGAGAACGCUUUCCCGAUUCCAAUCGCUUUGUCGAUGCUGUUCUUCUGGAUUCUCUUCUCAGCCUCCCUGUUCUGUUAUUGGGAACGGGAAUGGGGCUACCUGACUUCCAUCUAUUUCUUCUUUGUCUCUAUCAGGUACAUUAGG